UCAGUUCGAUAAAUCCGCGGUCACACUGCAACGAACUACACAAAUUCGCGACAAAUUGCAAUUAAAAGAAAAACAAUAAAAACAAACUUUAGCCCAAAAAAAGUGUCUAGAGUCUCAGUGCAUCCAAUUUAUAAUGGCAGAAGCUGCAAAAAAAGAGAGCGCGUCGCAGAGGCCUCUGGAUGGAGGAGGUGGCGGUGGUGGAGGAAGUGGUAGCGGUGGUCCUCCCAUGGCCAAUCACAAUUCCAUGCCCAAGCGAAAGCAUCGCCGUGGGAAAAAGUCGAAAAUGGUGCCAAAAAAGACCAAGAACCAAUGUCCGCAGUGGAAGCUGGACAUGGCAUCGAUCCAUCACGGAGCAACGACAGCCACCACACGCACCAAGCUGCUCCGUUCACGUUCGUUGCUCGUGCCCUACAACACGAAUCGUUUCCUGAUGGAGGAGCACAUGUCCGAGGUGCCCAAAGAUGACUCCGAUGACAAUUGCUUUGGCUCCCAGACAGAGGUUCUGUUCCUCUCCAAGGAGUUUUCCAAUGUGUACGAGCGAGCACGCAUUGAGCGACUGGAAACAAUGAACAAAGCGGACCUCAUUCAAGAGUGUCUGCAAAUCGAGGAUCGAUAUUCCAAGGCUCAGAACACCGCAAAGGAGUUUGGGGCCAAAAUUCGUUCGUUGGAUGAAAAAAUGCGUCAGCUAACGCGGGAGAAUCAAUUUUUGCGUUCUCACUUCCUUCGCUCGUGCUCCACAGCAGCGGGUCCAGUGGCGGCAGCAGCAGCAGCUGCGGCAUCACCACCAUCAGCGGUUGCACCCACUGCCAGUUCUGCCUGCGAGCUGCAGGCACGUCAACAGCCCCCGCAGCAGCCCACGCCCAUGGACUCUUCCAGCGAGGACAGCGAAAGUGAUAGCAGCAGCACAACCUCGAGCACCACGUCCAGCACAACCUCGAACAGUAGCGAUGCCCACGAGAUGGGUGUGGCAGGCCUAAACAUUGCCAACGGCCAUGCAGAGCGGAGCAACCAUGAGGGGCGUCACAGUCGGUCCAGGUCUCGUUCGCCCAUUCAUCUCAACGGACAUGCCAAUGAGGAGGAGCGUCUCGGUCUGCUCGAUCCCAAUCCCAUGGAUGAGGAUGGCCACUCCAGUGAUGAGCCAAAGAACGGCAAGUGAGCAACAAA